GCGGGCAGGCCCCGCGCUGCGGCCCGGUCCGUCCGCCCCGGCGGCCCCGGGGACAUGGUGCCGGGAUGGCCCGGCCCGCCGAGACCUUCCCGCUGCACCGGCUCGUCUGGCACAACCGGCACCAGGCGCUGGACAGCGCCCUGCGCGCGGGGACGCACGAUGUGGAGCUGACAGACCCGCGUGGCCGGACACCCCUGGAGCUGGCCGUGUCCCUGGGCCACCUGGAGUCGGUGCGGGUGCUGCUGCGGCACAACGCCAACGUGGGCCGGGAGAAUGCCAAUGGAUGGACGGUGCUGCAGGAGGCAGUGAGCACGGGGGACCCCGAGAUGGUGCAGCUGGUGCUCCAGUACCGUGACUACCAGCGGGCAACGCGGCGCCUCGCCGGCAUCCCCGAGCUGCUCAGCAAACUGCGGCGGGCAUCAGACUUCUAUGUGGAGAUGAAGUGGGAGUUCACGAGCUGGGUGCCCCUGGUGUCCAAGGUGUGUCCCAGCGAUGUGUACCGCGUGUGGAAGCGCGGCGAGAGCCUGCGGGUGGACACCACCCUGCUGGGCUUCGAGCACAUGACGUGGCAGCGCGGCCGCCGCAGCUACAUCUUCAAGGGGGAAGACGAGGGGGCCGUGGUGAUGGAGGUGGACCACGACAAGCAGGUGGUGUACACGGAGACGCUGGCGCUGGCCCUGCACGAGCCCGAGCUGCUGCUGGCGGCCAUGCAGCCCAGCGAGGAGCACGUGGCUGGCCGGCUCACCUCACCCAUCGUGUCCACACACCUGGACACCCGGAACAUCGCCUUCGAGAGGAACAAGUCUGGGAUCUGGGGCUGGCGCUCGGAGAAGAUGGAGAUGGUCAGCGGCUACGAGGCCAAGGUGUACAGUGCCAGCAACGUGGAGCUGGUCACCAAGACCAGGACGGAGCAUCUCUCCGACCAGGACAAGUCACGCAGCAAAGGCUCCAAGACCCCCUUCCACUCCUUCCUGGGCAUUGCGCAGCAGCACGGCACCCACAAUGGGGCACCCGUCCUGCAGGCUGCCAGCCCCACCAACCCCACAGCCAUCACUCCCGAGGAGUACUUCGACCCCCACUUUGACCUGGAGACCCGCAACAUCGGGCGCCCCAUCGAGAUGUCCAGCAAGGUGCAGAGGUUCAAGGCGACGCUGUGGCUGUGCGAGCAGCACCCGCUGUCGCUGGCGGAGCAGGUGACGCCCAUCAUCGACCUCAUGGCCAUCUCCAACGCCCACUUCGCCAAACUGCGCGACUUCAUCACCCUCAAGCUGCCCCCUGGCUUCCCUGUCAAGAUCGAGAUCCCCCUGUUCCACGUGCUCAACGCCCGCAUCACCUUCAGCAACCUGUGCGGGUGUGACCAGCCCCUGGGCUCCGUGCGGAUCUGCGCCCCUCCGGAGCCCCCUGGCUCCCACCCCGCUGGCACCCAGCCCUCAGGGCACAGAGCGUGGCCAUUCCCGUGCGAGGUGGAGGCGGGCGUGUUCGAGGUGCCGGCGGGGUACACGGUGCUGGGUGCGGGGCGCAGCGAGCCCCUGCGCGAUGAGGACGAUGACCUGCUGCAGUUCGCCAUCCAGCAGAGCCUGCUGGACGCCGGCACCGAGACCGACCAGGUGACCAUCUGGGAGGCGCUGACCAACACCCGCCCCGGGGCAGAGCCUCCGCCCUACGAUGAGGACCUGCAGCUGGAAAGGGCGCUGCAGGAGAGCAUGCUGCUGCAGGCCGGGCCCAGCGCUGAGCCCCCGGCCGUCGGGAGCCCCCCCGGAGCGGGCGGCGGGAGCCCCCCGGGCCCCCCCGGGUACGGCAGCUUCGCGGAGCAGCUGCGCCUGGCCAUGGCGCUGUCGGAGCGGGAGCAGGAGGAGCGGGAGCGGCGGCGGCGCGAGGAGGACGAGGAGCUCCAGCGCAUCCUGCGCCUCUCCCUCACCGAGAAGUAGCGCCCCAGGGCACUCCACGCCGGCACAGGGACAUCCCACGCAGGGGCCGGGGUGUCCCAUGUGGGGUCGCCCCACGCACGGACGCAGAUGUCCCACGUGGGGACACCCCUUGCAGGGAUAGGGACACCCCAGCCCGGGGACGCCCCCGUGCGGGCACUGUCCCACACCAGGAUGGCCCGGCGCAGGCACAGCCCUGCCUGGGGAGCAGCCGGUGCCGGGAUGGCCCCCCCGUGAUGGGGACCCCCCUGAUGGGGGUACCGCCCCCCACAGGGGAUUUGAUCCAGGGAUCCUCCUACCCCCGGGACCCCCAGUCCAGGGCUCUUCUCCCACCAGGCUCAAACCUCAGCCCAGGGACCCUCACCUGGGGAUACCCCUGUGCCCAGGAGCCCUCCCUAGGGAACCCCCUCCUCUUUGGUGUUGUACUGUGACCCAUGGGGGGCAGGACAGACCCGGGGGUCCCCGUGGGAUGCAGGUGACCCCUGUUUUAAGGCACUGCAGUGUGGGGGGGACUGCUGGGGGACCCCCAAGCCUCAUCCUUUGGGGCAGUGGGGGGGCAAGGGGGCCCCGAAUGUCUGUACAUAUACAUAUACAUAUAUUAUAUAUAUAUAUAUAUAUAUACACA